AUGGCUGACGAGCAUGAGCAUACGUUCGAAUCCGCCGACGCUGGCGCUUCGGCCACCUUCCCCAUGCAGUGCUCUGCAUUGAGGAAGAACGGGCACGUUGUCAUCAAGGGCCGUCCUUGCAAGAUUGUCGACAUGUCCACCUCUAAAACCGGAAAGCACGGGCAUGCCAAGGUCCAUCUCGUCGCUCUCGACAUCUUCACGGGCAAGAAGCUGGAGGAUCUGUGCCCUUCCACCCACAACAUGGACGUCCCCAACGUCAAGCGACGCGAGUACCAGCUUCUCGAUAUUUCCGAUGACGGCUUCCUUUCUCUGAUGAGCGAGGAUGGCGACACCAAGGAUGACGUCCGUAUGCCUGAUGGCGAGAUUGGCGAGAAGAUUACCCGUCUUUUCAAGGUCGAGGAGAAGGACACCAACAUCGUUAUUCUUACUGCCAUGGGUGAGGAGGCUGCCAUUGAAGCCAAGGAGGCCCCCAAAUAA